GCGGCUCCCCCUCCCGAGCCAGGCGGAGCUGGAGCUGGGAGCGACGUCGUUCUUCGCCGCCGCCGCCGCCUCUCCCGAGUGACCCAGGGCACCGGCGCUGCCUGAGGGGGCCCCGUUCUCCGGACGCUGCCCGACGCCUCAUCCCCGCCUCUGCGGAGCCGGCACUGCCCGCGGAGCAGCCAUGAGCUGGGGCACGGAGCUGUGGGAUCAGUUUGAUAACUUGGACAAGCAUACACAGUGGGGCAUUGACUUCUUGGAGAAGUACGCAAAAUUUGUAAAAGAAAGGAUAGAAAUUGAGCAAAACUAUGCAAAACAACUGAGAAAUCUGGUUAAGAAAUACUGCCCUAAGCGCUCACCAAAAGAUGAGGAACCCAGGUUUACUUCAUGUAUUGCCUUUUUUAACAUCCUCAAUGAGUUGAAUGACUAUGCAGGACAGCGAGAAGUAGUUGCAGAAGAAAUGGGACACAGAGUGUAUGGAGAAUUGAUGAGAUAUUCUCACGAUCUGAAAACUGAGAGAAAAAUGCAUCUUCAGGAAGGGCGAAAGGCUCAGCAAUAUCUGGACAUGUGCUGGAAACAGAUGGAUAAUAGCAAAAAGAAAUUUGAGAGAGAAUGCAGAGAGGCAGAGAAGGCACAGCAAAGCUAUGAACGACUGGACAAUGACACUAAUGCGACAAAGGCUGAUGUUGAGAAGGCUAAGCAACAGUUAAACCUGCGCACACACAUGGCUGAUGAAAACAAAAAUGAAUAUGCUGCACAACUACAGAAUUUUAAUGGGGAACAGCACAAGCACUACUACAUUGUCAUUCCUCAGAUUUACAAGCAACUCCAAGAAAUGGAUGAAAGAAGGACUAUCAAACUUAGUGAAUGUUACAAAGGCUUUGCUGACUCUGAGCGCAAGGUUAUUCCAAUUAUCUCAAAAUGCUUAGAAGGGAUGAUCCUUGCAGCAAAAUCAGUUGAUGAACAUAGAGACUCUCAACUAGUGAUAGACUGCUUCAAGUCUGGUUUUGAGCCUCCUGGAGAUUUUCCAUUUGAAGACUACAGUCAGAAUAUUUACAGAACUAUCUCUGAUGGAACCAUCAGUACACCAAAGCAAGAGGGAAUGAGAAUUGAUACAAAAACUACAGUCGGCAAGGCUAAAGGAAAGCUGUGGCUAUUUGGAAAGAAACCAAAGGGCCCUGCACUAGAAGAUUUCAGCCAUCUCCCUCCAGAACAAAGACGCAAGAAACUGCAGCAGAGAAUUGAUGAACUUAACAGAGAGCUACAGAAGGAAACAGACCAAAAAGAUGCCCUCAUCAAGAUGAAGGAUGUUUAUGAAAAAAAUCCACAGAUGGGUGAUCCAAGCAGUUUGCAACCAAAAUUAACUGAGACUAUGAGCAAUAUGGACCGUCUUCGGAUGGAAAUACACAAGAAUGAGGCCUGGCUCUCUGAAGUUGAAGGUAAAGUAGCAGCCAGAAGCGACAGGCGGCACAGCAGCGACAUCAACCACCUUGUCACCCAGGGCCGAGAGAGCCCUGAAGGGAGUUACACGGAUGAUGCUAACCAGGAAGUUCGUGGUCCACCACAGCAACACGCUCAUCCCAGUGAGUUUGAUGAUGAGUUUGAAGAUGAUGAUCCAUUACCAGCUAUAGGACACUGCAAGGCAAUAUAUCCGUUUGAUGGUCAUAAUGAAGGCACCCUAGCAAUGAAAGAAGGGGAAAUUUUGUACAUUAUUGAGGAGGACAAAGGAGAUGGGUGGACAAGAGCUCGAAGACAUAAUGGAGAGGAAGGCUAUGUGCCAACAUCAUAUAUAGAUGUAACGCUAGAGAAAAACAGCAAAGGUGCAGUAACCUAUAUCUAACAGUAAAACUGGCAGCUCUCAGUCGUACAUUCCCCAGGGAAAAUAGUGGAAAAAUUGUAAGUUAUACAGGCUUGUGGAAAGAAUUACAGAAUCAGAAGUCAGCAAUGAUCUGUUGUUUGCAUGGAGAGUUAGCUGUAGUUCUUUGAGAGAUGACCACAUUAAAUUAUGCAUCUUAUACUGGUCUGUAAUUUUGACCAAUGUCUUCUGCUUUCCUGCUUUACAAAGCACUCAGUCCAAUUCAGAUAUUGAACUGAAAACGACCAAGAUUCCUUCUUGUUCUGUGGAAUUCUUAGUUUUUAAAGAGAACUGAAAAAGUACUUAUGUUUUAAAGAUCUCUAAGAUUUACUGUUCCCACUUUUAUGACUUAAACUGUAUUCUUAAAACAGAAAUCUUUUUCCUCUAAUCAGUAACUGAACUCUGUUACUGAAAAUUAUUAAUUUCCUUCCUUAGCAAAUACUUGGCAGCUUUCACUUCUUAAACAGGAAAAUGUUUUCUGAUUCUGAAAGUUCAAUAAAAACACUCAGGAAAAAAACAUUAUGAUUAAGAAGGACAGAAAGUCCACUGACCUAUCUCCUUCCUUUUCAGUACUUGUAAUGUAGAAUGUUCUGUAUUAGGCAUGAUGUCAUUGUUUUAACUCCAGAUACCUUGAACAAACAAAAAAAGAUCACAUGUAAUGCUUGAUGUCUUACUGGAAACUCUCUGCUCCUGAUAAGGGAAUGAUUUUAUAUUCUUAAUCUGUGCCUGUAAACUAAGUCUUUGAAUUGUAUUGUGUUUAGUCUGAAGACAGUGUCUUAAAUGUACAGUAAUUCUCCUCAUUGGUAAAUCACUGAGGAUUGGAAACUGCAUUGCACAACUUGAUAAUUGAGGAAAAAAAAAAGCUGAUUUUGUAUUUCUAAUGAGAGUUUGUGGAAUUAAGUAGAAAGCUGAUGUUUAGCCACUGAGAAUGGCCUGUUAGAACUGAGCACGCUUCUCUGUCUUCUAAAGGCCUUCAGUAACUUUGUUCUUUUCUUUUUCCUCUUGGACUGCAGGUUCCUGAAGCGGGUUUCUGAGAAAAUGGGCGAGAUCUUGAAGGAGGUUACAUGCAGCUGCUGGGGGGGUGGGGGUAGGGAGGGGAGGGGUACUAGACUGGGAGGCCCAAGAGACAAGCUAGUUGCAUGAAUGCAUGCAGACAUACAUUUAGUAGUCACUAACAUCUUAGCAUCUCCAUAUAUAGGUAAGGAUGUAUUACGAAAUCUUCAAUUUGUGCAGGAAAAUAGAGUUCCAUUACCAGAGUAAAGGCUACUGCUCCUAAAAUUGCUUUAUUUUCAUUGUCCUAGGUUGUCCCAGGUGCACAAACUAUAUUUUAGCUUGUGCUGCCUUUUGAUUUUCUCAAUGAUGCUCAUUUCCGACUCACUUUUAUUGGCAUUUAGAGCCCUGUGUCAGUUAUCAGUCUGCCUGUGCCACCUCCAUGCUCGCCGUUAACCUCCUCCUGCAUGCCUAGGACAGUCAGGCAUGUGCUGUGUAACACUUUGCCAUCAUUGCUCAUCUUGUUUUGUAACAAAUCAUUUUCUUUAAAUAUCUUCAGCACUAGAGUUUCAUCCCAGUAUCCAUGUAUGCUGCUAUAACAAUACCACUGCAACCAUCAUUACAUUCCAGAUGUUUGGCUUAACUGAUAAGCGACUGUAAGGUAUUUUGUUAAUUUGGGGGAAUUAUGCAUCUCAGCUCUAGCCUACAAUGCAAUCAAGAGAAACUCCUAGAACUGUGGUCCACCUUCAGCCCUUCAGUAACCUGUUGUGAGCACUGACAGCCUGGAGCACAACCAGAGGAUUCACCACUGCAAGUUAAUGACUGUUUUCAGAAGUCAACCACUUGCUAUUCAACUGCUGCCUUAAACUAGAGUGCCUAAAUCUGUUGUUUGCCAACACUACCACUUACAGUAUCCCACAAAGGGCUUUGUGUCUCAGCUCUUUUCACAGUGCUGCAGCUGCUGAGGUAGCCACGGUAGGUUUUUUUCUAGAGCUCUACUUUACUGGAUACAUGGUGCAUCCAUGAAUUUUAUACAUUGAAACGUGUAUCUCUUCAUUUGACUUUAAUAUUUUUUUAAAAGAUUUUUAUGGAAACUGUCUUUUAGUUUUUCACUAUGACGUUCCAAUUUCAAUUACUGCAGUGCUAGUCCAUUUCCAGGUGAUGCUUCAUUGUAUGGACCAGGUGACAUUUGAGUGAUCCUUCGUAAUGAUCUUUGUGCACUUUUACUUGUAAACAAUUGAAAUUUGGAUAUGUUUAUACGUGUAAAUAUAGUUGUCUGCAGUGCCCCUAUUGCUUAUGUCGUCUUGCCUCCCAUUUGUGGUUCUGUUAAUAAAUACAUCAUAUCUGAUUGACUAGGGUGAUAAGAAUUAGAGUAGAGAUGUUGGGGGGAGGGACACUUAUAUCAACACAAGCUUGUCAACCCAGCCACCUGCUCUCUGGCACUGUAUUAUGGAAUAAUAAUUAAAACAUCCUGUUUUUCUGGGGUCUGAAGCAAUAUGUGGAUGCAGCAGUGCUGGAUUCUUUUUCAUUUCAGUGUUAUUAGGAACUGUACUACCAGUAAAACUGAAUUUGAGUGACUUGUGUAGAGGUUAAUUCCUUUUGUUAUGUAUACCACUAUUACACAGCUUGACCUAGUGUAUUAUGGGGCCUAUUAAACUCUAAAGUUUAGAUUUUUGGAGCUUGUAUACAGGGUUAUUUAUAUAAUAAUGUGACAUUACUCAAUACUGACAAAACUACUUAGGUAGUUUUUUUGGGUUUGGGCUUUUUGGGGGGUUAUUGGGAUUGGGGGUUGUUGGUUUUUUGUUGUUUUUUUUUUUUAAAUUUAGUACUUUUUUAUUUUGGAGAAAACUCAGUGAUCCUUGUGGGUCCCUUCCAACCCAGCAUAUUCUGUGAUUCUGUAAUUCUGUGAAAAGGAAGAAAUGUGAUCUGUGUAGUUUCUGGUUAAGGGCCUGUGGUCUGCCUGGCAAACAGCCUCAGAGGUCAGUAAUAACACUUCCUGGUAAAAGACUAAAUGUUUUUUUCACACUACUGUUUUUGUUUUUCUGAAACCAGGAUUUGCUUCCUUUGGAGGCAGGUUGCUUUCAAGAGGGAUAGUGCAACUUGUAUGAGGGUUGUUAAACAUAGGAAAAAGCAUUUGUACUUGCACAGCUUAUAAAUCACUUACUCUGAAAUUCUGAACGUGAGUUGUCUUAAAGAAUCAGACAUUUUCCAGUAAUUUUUUAAUCCUUUUUUGUGCACAUGUUGAUUUCCUAAAUGUUAAAUGCUUUGUUUAAAAAUAGUGUUCUCUGUUGAGAAUAUUUUCAUGGAAUAAAAAAAUCUUUUCAUGGUCUAUGUAA